UUUCCGGUAUGGUUUUCUACUACUUGGCCACCAUUUUUCUCUUCAACAACCCCAUUUGUUCCCCUCCUGAAGAAGGGGCACUGAUAUCGUCGCCGCCGGAGGGAAAAAAUGAAUCUCCGACCAACAUAAGCCACCUACUAUUCGGCCUCAUCGGCUCCGAGAAGGCGUGGCACUCCAGGAAGGCCUACGCGGAGUCAUGGUGGCGCCCCGGCGUGACCCGCGGCUUCAUUUAUCUGGACGUGGCCCCCACCGGGGAUCUCCUCCCUUGGUCGCCGUCUUCCCCGCCGUACAGAGUCUCGGAAAAUAUAAGCCCGAUGGUGGCGCGUAUAGUGCACGGGAUAAAGGAGGUGUUUAGGGAGAGACACGAGGGGGUGAGGUGGGUGGUGAUGGGAGACGAUGAUUCCGUGUUUUUCGUGGAGAAUAUGGUUGAUGUUUUGGCGCAAUAUGAUCAUACGAAGUAUUAUUAUUUUGGGGGGCAAUCGGAGUUCGUUAUGUCCCACCACUGGUACUCGUUUAACCAGGGAUUCGGCGGCGCCGGGAUCAUUCUCAGUUACCCUCUCGCCGAAGCUUUGUCUAACUACAUGGAUAGUUGCCUGAGGAGAUAUGGGCACUACAUCAAAUCUUCAGAUCAUAUUACCAUGCUUUGCAUAGCUGAUCUUGGAGUUAAUUUUUCCCCCUUGAAGGGGCUGCAUCAGAUUGAUUUACAUGGGGACCUGUCUGGAUUUCUGUCGGCCCAUCCCAAAUUUCCACUGCUAUCCCUUCAUCAUCUCGACGUGGUGGAGCCCAUCUUUCCGGGCAUGGACCGAUUCCAAUCGGCGAAGCAUUUGGUGAGGUCGGCGGACCACGACCAGACCCGAAUGUUGCAGCAGACCAUUUGCUACCACAGACAAAGCAGCUGGUCGGUUUCCGUGUCGUGGGGAUACUCAGUUCACAUUUACGAAAAGAUUCAUCCCCGGAGUUACCUGCAAAUGCCGAUCGAAACGUUCCAGCCGUGGCAUGGGGGUCAGCCCCUGCCGAUUUAUAUGUUCAACACUCGGCUUCCUUCUAAGGAUCCUUGCGAAGCGCCGCACGUUUUCUUCCUUAAAACGGUGAACAGAACCCAGGAAGGUGGGGUGGUUAUGACAUAUCUCCGGUCGUGGGAGAGAGGGUUGCCGCCGUGUUUGUCCAGCGGCAACCAUUCGGCUGCUUAUGUUUCCAGGGUUGAAGUUCACUCGCCAUCGACAAAGCGUCCUGAGAUGGACAAGUGUGAAUGUUGUGACGUUAUUCAUACAGAUGGUGAGGAAGGUUUGAAAGUCAAAUAUAGAAAUUGUUUGUUAACUGAAGUCAUUGCUUAACCAGCAGUGAAGCUACUGUAACUAUUCUUUUCUUCUCAAAAGCCUUAUUUAAUCAAUCAU